UUAUUAAGAUAUUUUUCGAAGGCUGACUUGGCAACCACAUCAUUUGCGUUGCAAUGUCUGCAAUAUAAAGAUGUCCCUGCCUCGUCAUUCUUUUUUCAUUUGAUUUUUUGGGUUUUUUUGUUCUUUGAGAUCUGAAUAUGGGUGAGAGUAGGGUGACUGGGAAGGUAAAGUGGUUCACUGACCAAAGGGGAUUUGGUUUCAUAACGCCGGAUGACGGCGGCGAGGAGUUGUUCGUUCACCAAUCGUCAAUUCGUUCCGACGGUUUUCGUAGCCUCGCCGACGGCGAAGAAGUCGAGUUCGUUAUCGAUUCUUCUGAAGGAGGUCGUACCAAGGCUGUUGAUGUCACUGGCCCUAAUGGGAACCCUGUUCGUGGCACCACGAGAUCUGGACGCAGUGGUGGCGGAGGUGGAUUCGGUGGUAGAGGAAGAAGAGGAGGUUAUGGAGGCGGCGGAGGAGGAUGCUUUAAGUGUGGGGAGAUGGGGCAUAUGGCGAGGGACUGUGGACAGGGCGGCGGCGGCGGCGGCAGUGGUCUGUCUUGUUACAACUGUGGAGGCUCCGGGCAUUUUGCAAGAGACUGUUCAAACAGUGAUCGUUAAAAGCAUACUCUGUUCCUUAUUCAAAGCAGCUUCGUUUGUUUGUUUUUUGCUAAUGUUUUUUUUUGAAGGAUUGUUGUUUAUUCAAAUUUUUUUGGCUUUUGGUCCUUUGUUUUUGACAAAUGGGAAUAGAUUUAGAAUUUUGUUUUUUUAUUUGAAAGAUUUUGAAUUUUGUUAAUUGUGAAAAUAAAUUGGAUUUUAUUAAUUA